GUUACAACGUCAUCAGACAUGCGAAGUUGUGACGUCUACACAUAGUCCACACCCGGAAAUUAAACACUGGCGGGACACACCAGAAAGAAAUCAACCUCCUUGCACCAAGGCAAGGGUCCGUGCCUGUCGGGAAAAUAGACGUAAAACAAGGACAUCAACAACAUCAUAGGAUUAAUUUGACAUGACCACUAGAGCCUCUUACAAGUAUGGAGAGGGGGAGGAGUAUCAUGGAGAGUGGAACACAUAUGGUAAACGGCAUGGACUCGGACACCUUACCCUAGCCAAUGGUACCAAAUACACAGGCAGAUUUGAAAAUGGCUUUUGUAGUGGUCAUGGAGUCAUGAGCUUUGCUGAUGGAUCCAGAUAUGAAGGUGAGUUUGCUGAAGGGAGGUUCUCUGGAAUCGGCGUUUUCACACGUUGUGAUGGCAUGAAGUUUGAGGGAGAGUUCCGCAAUGGCAAAGUCCAUGGCCUUGGGCUGCUGACAUUUGCAGAUGGGACCCAUGGCCUUCCUCGCAAUGAGGGGUAUUUUGAGGGCAAUGAACUCAAGGAGCGGCAGCAGUGUAACGAGGUCAUCAGGAAGGCACGGAACUCUGCGACCAUUGCCAGAUCCCAGCAUCUUUAGAAUAUCAACAUUCAGCAUAAUGAUGUAUACACACAAUUGCUGUACCAUCUACAAAUUCUAUUGCCAGAUGAUCUCUCGUAAUCAAGAAGGACCAUCGUAUGUUGAUGUAAUGCUCAGGUUGAUGAGUCCGCUAGUGGCUGGUACUUUGACUUUGAGGCAGUCCUUGAACCUUUUUUAAUGGCAACCUACAUGUUUAUGGUUGCAAACAAUAGCAAUGUGCCAUACCUGAUAUUUUUUGGCCUACUUAUUGCUUCUGCUAAAGAAAGAUGCCUACUUAUUAUUUGAUAUGAUGUGCACAACUGCUAUACUGAUCAUUGACAAACAACUCUUUGUCAUUAGUGAUACAGUAGCUGUCAUCUCUGAAGCACAUUCAUUCUUACAGUACUGUAUCAGACUGAGGGUUGGUGCUUUGCCUUUACCUUACUGAAUACCUUGUCGUACAUGUAUGUAUUUUUAUUAAUUACCCACUUUUCCUUUUGGAACGUGCCAAGAGGUUUAUGAUAUGAUGCGUGAAAAUGUUAUCUUAAAUGUCUGACAAGACCAGUUCUCUCAAUGAAAAUGCAAUGGUCUAAAUCAUAGAAUGUGGUUGAAAGACUUCUCCAGGCAAAUCAUUGGAUUAGCUGUACAUAUUCUUUUGCAAUCCAACUUGUAAAUUUUAUAUCAUAGAGAUGGCAAUAACCUUUUCAUAUGUAGAAUUGCAUAUGCAAGAUAUAUUUCCAAUUACAAUAUUAAAAUUUGAAUAAAAACAUUAAUAUCCUA